CGCACCGGGGACGUCCAGCGAGGGCGAGGGACGGGCGCCGUCGGUCGAGCGCCGAUCCGCACGUGAUCGGUGUCAGCGCGGCGUGGCCAUCAGCGCGAGCGAGGAGAGAAGGAUGUGCGACAAGUGUGUCAUCGGCUACUGGGUGCCCGAGAGAAAGCGGCAGAAGUUCAACUGGACCGACUUCGAGAGCAUAUGCGAGUCCGAGGGGUUCCGGUUGAAAAUGAUCGAUGUGAAUUUAAGCCUCGAGAAGCAGGGACCAUUACACGUUUUCUUUCACAAGUUGACAGAUAUGCAGUCGCAUGCAGAAAGUGGUGAUAAAAAUGCUGAAGAUAUUGUUUCGCGACUUCAGGAGUACAUUGCCAAACAUCCAGAUCUGAUCAUUAUCGAUCCUCUGGACAAUAUUAGGAACUUAAGCAAUCGAUGUAAAUCUUACGAAUUUAUACAAGAAGGCAUCCGAUUUAAAGAUAUAUUUACUCCUAACUUUGUAGAAAUAAAGAGCAGAAAUGUCCAUGAGAUAGCGUCAACGUUAAAAAAGCGCGAUAUUAAAUAUCCAUUUGUUUGUAAGCCGCUUAUUGCAUAUGGCUCGAGCAACGCGCACAAGAUGAUGAUCAUCUUCAAUGAAAGGGACUUGAAAGACUGUCAACUACCUUGCGUCGCUCAGGAUUUCAUCAAUCACAACGCUAUUUUAUAUAAAGUAUUCGUCGUGGGCGAUCGUUUUCGCGUGGUCGAGCGCCCUAGCUUUAAAAACUUUUACCAAGAAGACUGUAAUUCGUUGAGUACGAUAUUCUUUAACUCGCACGAUAUAUCGAAAAGCUGCAGUAGAUCUAAAUGGUCUAUUCUGUCCGAAGAAGACAUUCCUUUAACUGUGAAGCCAAAUUACCAAAUAUUCGAGACAAUUGUUAAGAAUAUUCGUGAGAUAUUUGGUCUUAUUCUCGUUGGGAUAGAUGUUGUAAUUGAGAAUCACACUGGGAAGUACGCGAUAAUAGAUGUCAACGUGUUUCCUGGAUACGAUGGUUAUCCGAAUUUUUUUGAACAUUUAGUAGAUAGUAUUAAGAAGUUGCUGGCGGAGCGAGGAGCUUGUAGACAAAACUCCAAGGGUUGUACGUUAAAAAAGUGUCAGAGCGACGAUCUGGACUCUGGCUUCGAGAGUGAUGAGAAGAGGAAAUGUUCUACAAAAUGAAUAUGUAACAUAUGAUGUGGAUAAUAUUAAUUUUAGGCUAAACUAAGCUGUAUUAGUAUUAAUCGCGGCGUGGUAGCAUCGGUAUCGGCAUUAUUAUUUCGUAUUUGUCUAUACAUUUUUCUAAACGAAAAAAAAUUCGGCUCUUACCAACUUCUCGCGGUUUAAUUCUAUUGAGUGCAAUAAUUUUUUUUUAAUAAUUAAGUUUUUUCCUAUCGCGAUGUAAAUCACACUUGGCGCAUCGCAUCUUAUUUCGUAAACACAUACGAAAUACGUAGUGUUUGAAUUGUUCGCGAAUUCGAGUUCUAUAUUUUGUAAUAAAAUCCUACAGUACAACAUGACUACGACUGCCAGAGAAGAUAUUUUGUACGUUUUACGUGUAUACAAUUUUGCAUUUCUGCGACGAUGUUAUAUAUGCCUGUGAGCUGUUGAAGAUAUUAAAUCAUAUAAUGAAAAGUGUAUGCGCGGCGGCGAUAUAAAAUACACGAACAUAGAAAUAAUCGGAAUAAUUGUGACAGUGUGAUUGAAGUAAUUUGACUAUUUUGAAAUUUUAAAUUAGUGCUUAUCAUUUUAUAAUGUUUUUUUUUUCAUAAAUGUCAAUCUUAAUGGAAAAUAUUACAGGACAUCCUGCCCAUUACUUUCCGUCGCAAUUAUGCCGAUUAAUUCUGAACACACAUCCCAAACAAUAAUGUAUACAAGUUAUCUCACUUUGAGUGCUCAUCUUAAAUAUUUCAAUUUAUUUCUUUUUACUAUUUAUUAAAAGUUAUAUUAUUUAUUAAAAGGAUGUUUUAAAUCAACACAAGUUUUUAUGAUUUCAGAGGAGAAAUGUACACGGCAAUAGAUUUCUACAGCACUUAUUGCAAAAUGCGUAUAACAUUUUUAUCUUGCUCGUUAUAUUUUUCAUAGAAUCGUAGAACUUUUAUCUGAAACUUAUCAUUUUCUUCCAAAGUGAUAAAUUAUAUGAAAUAUUCAAGACGAGUAUUUAGCGUGAGAGAGCAAUCUGUAUUUAUAGAAGUUCGGUGUGAUUCUUGUAAUAUACAUAUAUUUUAUUCAGUUACACUGUAUAAUAUGGAAAAUAAUUCAACCGUUUUCUUAUUUAUAUGUACAUAUAUUUUAUAUGAAUAAAUUGUACAGAGAAGUAAAAAACAGUUAUGUUGUGAUUUAACAAAGUAAUAAUUUCGAAAAAAAA